GCUGUGCUGAGGGCACUGCCGCACCUGACGGAGGCGGGCGACUGGCGCGUGGGAGGCGCUCGAGGGAGGAGGGGAUGGCGGAGGUGAAAGGCGUUGCUCAAACCGGGAUAUCUCCAAUAAUCAUGGAUACCACCAGGAAGGUACCAGUAAUCCGCAAAUCCCUCAAACCAGCAAGACCAUUGCAUCGUUUAUCUGCUGAGAUAGAUUCUACAAUAUGUGUUGAUUACCUUCCUCCACUUUUACAUCAAAAUGAAGUUUCAUGGAAUGAAGAGAACUUGACUAUUUCAAGUGGAUAUGCACAACGGGAAACCAAGUGGAGUCAUAGUCCAUCAUUUAGAAGCAAACACGAUCUUAAAGGACAAGAACGGCCAAUUGAAAGACGCCAUUCUGGUCAGGGAGAUGGCACAAAGAAGGAUGCAGAGAGGAUAACCUACAGCAGAGAAUUUCUGAUGAAAAUUGCCAGCCUGCCAAUUUCAAAAGAGAAACCCGAGUUUUUGCCAUCUCUUCCUGUGGUGUUAGAGAGGCCAAGAGAGAGGUUGUAUGGAAGUGGACGGGGUUUAUGUUUUGCUUACCAAAAGAUGGCUACGAAUCAUCAUGGAAUUGCUGGCUGAAUGACUGUUGUAAAUCAAGUCCUGAACUCGCUUGGAAGGUGCUUAUAUUCUGUUUAAUAUUUCUAAACAUAUCUACUGGACUUUUGGAUCUUUAUGGGAAGAACUCAUCCAACUUUACUCAACAGCUGGAAGAUUUUUUUUCAGUGAUGAGGUUCAUGAUUAAUUUCUUUUGAUUCUAAUUAAUCAAGAUGGUGAAGUACCACAUUUGUAAAACAGCACUUUUGGUAGAGUUUGUGCACUUGAAAUAAAUUGAAAAUGGG